AUGGGGCAAAGUUGCUCCGCGUCUGCCAGUGCCGGAGGAACAAUCUCCGCGUGGGAGAAGCGCCCAGCGCGCCACCCGCCGCUCGCCCCUCCCGGCGCCGCUCAGCCGAACAAAGGCGGCAGCGGCGGGUCCCCUCUGUGGGAGCGGGCCGGGCAAGGGGCGAGUCCAGCGCUCGCCCCGGGCUCCCUGCCCCGCCGGCCCGGCCCGGCUCGACUCGGCUCGGUUCGGCAGCGCAUCGGGAGGAAGCGCCGGCUGCGCGGCGGGCGGGCGGCUGCCAGCGACCCGGGCUCUCCCCGCCCCCGUCUCCUCCCUCCGCCGCCGAUCCUCCGCCCCCUCCGCCUUCUGCUCGCGGCGGCGGCGGCGGUGUUCUCGGCCCCGGCUCCUCGCGUUUCUCCGCGGCUUCGCCCCGCUCCUCCCCGGGGCUCCCGCGCCGCGCUGGCCAGGACGGCAUUGCUGCAGGGAGCCUCUGGGAGUUCCAGGGUGAAGAGAUCUGCCUUCAUCUCUGCUAAAGGUGAAGACCUCCUAACGGGCCAGACAGCCUUAGCAGGACUUCAGAAGUCUUACACCAAGAAUCCUCUGGAGCAUUACAUUCCCCUGUUUGGAGUGUGGACAAGAGUUUGGCAUUCUACUUUCACAGAUCGCUGCCGCUCGCUUGUGGAGCGCAGAGGGGACGGCGAGACUCCCACAUCUUUCAGCGAGAAGAAAGGAGCCAGCGGAGCAGACUAAUAGGGACUUGUGUCGGGUGCCCUUGCCCUACAAAGGCUGCCUUUAAAAGAGAAACGCAGUGCUAUUUAAUGAGCUGUGAGAUGAGGCACUGCUGCUAACGCUCAGAUCCCAGGAUUCAUCGGCUAUUCAUUGUGCUUAAUGUACAUGUUUCUGCACCGUGCAUUUAGGAGAUCCCAGAGAAGAAUCCAAAACGGCUGCGGGGGAAAGACCACCAAACAUGCCUACAGAAACAUUACCGACAGGUAGCAUGGUGAAGCCGGUCAGCCCUGCCGUGACUUUCACAUCUGCCGUUCCUCUCCGCAUCCUGAACAAAGGACCUGACUAUUUUCGCAGGCAGGCGGAGCCUAAUCCAAAAAGACUGAGUGCAGUGGAGAGGCUCGAAGCCGACAAGGCGAAAUAUGUCAAGAGCCAGGAGGUCAUCAAUGCCAAGCAGGAGCCUGUGAAGCCGGCGGUGCUGGCAAAGCCGCCAGUCUGUCCUGCAGCCAAGCGAGCGCUGGGGAGCCCCACCUUGAAAGUCUUCAGCAACAAUGCAAAAACUGAGAGUGGAGUCCAGAGAGAAAAUCUGAAACUUGAGAUUUUGAAGAACAUCAUCAACAGCUCUGAAGGCUCCAGCUCAGGUUCAGGGCAUAAGCACGGUCCCCGAAAUUGGCCACCCCACAGGGCCGAUUCAACAGAGCUGAACCGACACUCGUUCGCUGAAUCCCUGAAGGUUUACCCCACACAGGGCCGGAGCAGCCCACAGGAGAGCAGCUCCAAUGUCAGCAGAAGGCUCCUAGAUCAGUCAGCAGAGACUUUCUUGCAUGUCUCUCACAGCUCUUCAGACAUUAGGAAAGUAACUAGUACAAAGCCCUUAAAAGCAAUACCCUGCAGUAGUUCAGCCCCACCUCUGCCUCCAAAGCCCAAAAUCGCUGCCAUUGCCACCCUGAAAUCCCCAGAGAUUGAGGCAGUCGAGUCUGGAUGCGGAGUUAGUAGAAGACCCUCCCUACAGCGAUCAAAAUCAGACUUAAGCGACAGAUACUUUCGCGUUGAUGCAGAUGUUGAACGAUUCUUUAACUACUGUGGACUGGAUCCUGAAGAGCUUGAAAACCUUGGGAUGGAAAACUUUGCAAGGGCUAACUCUGAUAUUAUAUCACUCAACUUUCGCAGUGCAAGCAUGAUUAGCUCAGACUGUGAACAGUCUCAGGACAGCAACAGUGACCUUAGAAAUGAUGACAGUGCCAAUGACCGUGUGCCAUAUGGCAUUUCUGCCAUUGAAAGGAAUGCCAGAAUCAUCAAGUGGUUAUAUAGCAUCAAGCAAGCUAGAGAGUCACAGAAAGUGUCCCAUGUGUGAGAAAGAAAUCCACCACAGAAAAAAGCAAGGACUGUAUCUUUGUCUGUGAAUAUUCAGUUUGUGAAGGGUUGUGAAGUCUACUUGAAGUCUUGUACCCUUCUCAAAUCUCUUUGUGUUGCUUGUUGUGCAAUGUUUCCAAGUUGCAUGCCUGUCAACAUGUGAGCUGACCUGGCUUCCACUUGAACAGUAACUAACUACAAAGCCUGGCUGAGCAUACACAUUAUCUGCCAAAAGUUUAAGACAAGAAUCUGAUUAGGGCUUCAGUAUAAUCAAAGUGUUUACAUGGAAAGGUUAUAUGACUUCUUUGGUAUUUAUGUGGUUCCUUGUGGAUUUUAUAUAUGUCACUUUUUGUCUUAAUACAGAUAUUGUCAACAGAUGUUACUUGUUUCUAAGCUGAAACGGAAUCCCUUUAUUGGGAAGAAAAGUGGAAUUGGCCAAAAUAUGAGGUUUAGGCAUACAACAAUAGGCAAAGCAGCCUUAUCUCUUGUAGAAAGUGCAUUAUUGGCACACGAAAGCUGUUUCUAAAAGGCAAAGAAUGCUACCUUCUUAAAUUAUGUAUCAUUGUUAAACUAUAUAUCCCUACUUGUAGUAAGGCACUGUUCAGUAAAAGUUUCUUUUUCCUAGAUAAGCUCCCUCUCUUUUACAGCAGAAGUAGUCUAGUGAAUCUGCUUGACCUCUCACAAAUUACAUGAGUCUUGCAUUUGGGUUUGUGUAAGCAUUUUAAUGAUUUUGUAUUAUACCAGUUGGAAAAGCUUAAAGAAUGUUGGAGUCAACAGAUGAAAAUGGCGCAGGUGCAGGAUUUUGUGGGUUUGAUUUUUACUCAAAGAUUCCUGGUCUUAAACUUUUGACAGGAAUAAUUAGAUCCUAUAGCUGAUAUUGAAUGCCUUUAUUAGUCAAAACACAUCUGACUACAAACUCCAUUCUGUCUUAAUUUUUUUUGUAAACCUAUUUGAAAAGUUAAUCAACAAAAAUGGAAGCACACAGCCAUAUCAAUAUAAUGCCUCCUAUUCAGAAGUAAAUACACUCAGUAGCUGAACUAUAUCUGAAAAAAUGUGAUUAUGUUGUCUUGCAUAUGUUAUAUCUAAGGCUGUGAAAGUUUGUUCCAGCUCUAGGAAAGUGUAGAAACAUGACAGUAUGUAGCUUUUAUUUUCUUUUUUUUUUCCUCCUUAAGAUGGUUAGUGCUGCGAAUCAACCUGUUACAAAUCUUUCAACAAUCUGUCUUCCCAGUGGCUUAACUAACUGUCAUUUCAACUGACAGUGGUUGUGUGGUAGUGGAGAAGUUGAAAGUACAGUGGCCUGCUUCAUUAUUAUUGUUUUCAUGCUUUGAAGUAAAUUGCAGCACUACCUUAAUACUACAUCAGCUAAUAGGAAACUUUUUUAUUGUGUAAAUGCUGUAAGACUUUGUAUAUACUUCAGUUGUUACAAAAUCUUUAAAAGGAAGAGUGUUAUGCUAAUAAAUAGCUCCUGGUGCAGGUA